CCCCAGUCUUCUGCGAGAAAGGUAUGUCCGGAAAGCUCCCCCGAUCCCGUCGUCCCGGGGGUUCUUGGAUUGCCUGCUGCCUUUGGUAGGUUCUCCAAGCUUAACUCGUAUGGUCUGCGGUGCCGGCAUGCAACCCGGAUGCCAAACCGGUUCCUGAUGCGACAGGGAGACGGGGAGGAGGGGACUUGGCCCUUAGCCCGGCUGCAACCCCAAACCCCUGGCCAAGUCUGCAUCUCGCCCUCACGUUUUGCAACUUCUGCAUGGCAGCACGCACCCAGGUCAAGGAUGAGCUGAUGCCAAUUGUGUGGGUACGGAUACAUAACUAGUGAUCGUCGCUCACGGUCCCGGACUGCGAGACAAGCUCAGAUCGACAACCAUCUAUCGCGCUCCCGCUGGGUCCUCUUGGGUCCAUUUCUUUGAGUCCGCAGCCAGACUUCCCGGACCAGACAAAAUGUCGAGCCCGGAUGGGAUCCCGGAUCCCAGCACACUAGGCCACUUCUCGACAUCCCCCGACUACAAAGGCUACGAGGUCCUCGGGCUCAACGUCGCCCUCAUAGUAUGUACGACACUGGUCGUUGGCACGCGGCUGUACGUGCGAGCCUUCAUGGUCAAGGUGCCCGGCCUGGACGACCUGUUCGCCUUCCUGUCCUGGGGAUGUGUGGUGGCCCUGUCUGCGUCAGAGAUCAAAUCUGUGGAGUAUGGCAGCGGUGCGCACGUCUGGUUGGUUCCGCCAGAGCUCAUAGCGAAAUUUUUCGAGUCGCUCGUAAACAACACCCUGAUUUACUUCAUUGGCACCGGAUUGAUGCGACUGUCCAUCAUCGCAUUUUUGCCCCGCCUGAGCACUGAAGUGUUAUACACCCGCAUCGGCUAUGGAGUCGGCCUCCUGAUCAUCGCGCAAACCCUCGGAUGCUUCUUCUACAGGCUCACGGAGUGCAAACCGAUCAAGGACAUCUGGCUGGUCCCGACGACGCCCGGAUUGAACUGCGUCACGCCGCAGGAGGAGAACACCAUGAUGGUGGCCCACCAGGCCAUCGGCAUCAUUAUCGACAUCGCCCUGCUCGCACUCCCGAUCUGUAUCAUCUGGAAGAAAAUGCUACACUCGAACAAGAAGAUCCAGGUGGUCUUGAUCUUUAGCAUUGGCAUCUUCGUCGUCGUGACUGGAAUUGUCCGCAUCAUCAUGCUGAAGACGCUGCUCUUCCUCGAAGACCCAACCUACAACAUGUCAACCAUCGGCCCCUGGACCGAUCUGGAGGGCCACAUCGGCCUCUGGUGCGCGUCCUUCCCCGCCCUGCAUCCCAUCCUCCGCCUCGUCUCGUACAAGCUCGGCCUGCGGAGCAACCCACUGAGCUCGAAGAAGACCCUCAGCAAGACCCCGAAUACGAGAGACACCCGGCAGCAGGCCACGUACCGGAAAAGCAAGGGGGGAUAUAUCCAGAGCGGGUAUGGCAUCGAUGCCGACGACGGCAGCGAGCGCGGGAUCGUGGCGGUGAGCGCCAAGGGCAUGGAGAUGGAUAACCUGGACAUCGGUACCGACAAAAUUUACAAGCAUACAGGAUUCCACAUGCAAGUCGACAAGGUUAUACCGGCUUAGAGCUGGUGCUUUCAAUAGGCGCAGAAUUUGAACUUGGCGCGGAUACCUAGUACUGAAUGAUAUAAUAUACCAAUGAGUUACUCAAUUACUCCCGGCCAAAUAGAAUAACUACCGUGUAACGUUAGAUACCAAUGUUUAUAGUAGUAAGGAGACCUACUACUGAGUUCAAUAAUUUUCGUACUACGGCUAAAAUUUUAGAAUGAAUAUAUUGGC